UUAAGUUUUAUUUUACUUCUUUAACCCCCUUCAUAAUCGCUGCAAUGGCAGCAAACGUUCCAGAAAAAGAUUCUGUUCUGAAAAAACGCAUCCUGCCCCGGGGCUUACAGAAGCUCAUCGAACAAUGUUUAAAGAUCUACCCCGAUCAAACGAAUCCUCUGCAGGUGACGACCGUGUUGAAAUACUGGCUGGGUGGUUUAGAUCCGUUGGAUUACAUUAGCAUGUAUCAUAAUGCUGGUGACCCGGAGCAAAAUGUCCCACCGCACUGGCACUACGUCAGCUUUGGGCUGUCCGAUCUUCAUGGAGAUGGUCGUGUGCAUCUUGCGGACACAUCGGGCGGUCUUGAACCACGUUCCGGGAUGGGAUUUGAGCUAACCUUUCGAUUGAUAAAAACUCCUGACGCUCCUGCCAACGAACGACCACCAACAUGGCCCGCGAACUUACUGCAAUCGUUGGCCAAAUACGUAUUUCAAUCGGGCAAUCGGCUCUGCGCUGGUGACAAUAUCCCCUGGCGCCGUUCGCUCGAUGGUACUAAAGAUACAAACACGGCCAUUCAGCAUAUGCUGAUAGCGGAAGAUCCACAGCUUCCCCGUACGGAAACCCCGUUCGGUUGGGUGGACUUUCUGCAGAUCGUGGGCGUGACGAGCGAGGAGCUGGAACAGGCCUCACGCUGGAACGGUAAGGGUAUGCUUAAUCUGCUGACGAAGGAUCCAACAACGGGCGGUCCAUGGUUGAUUACGGACAUGACCCGAUCGAGCAGUGUGUUCGAGCAGUUUCCGGAAACGCUUCGGCAGCUCGAACUGGACCUGGAGAAGGAAGGAUCCGAUCUGGCCGGUGUGAAUGCCGAUUUCACCUUCAAGGAGCUGGCAAAGGGUGCCUUAACCGCAGCCAUAAAGAAAGAGGUGCUUGAUCCGGAGGAGGAUCUGUCCCGUUCUAUUUCCUGCUGCAACAUUGCGGUUAAGCACGAAUCGAAUGAAGACACGUUGGAACGGUCGACCGGCUCUACCACGUCGGAUAUGGUGAACCCGUUCGACAAUCCGAACAUUCCGUCUCGCGUCUUUCCACUGACCGGCAUCGAGCUGACGCUGGCACCGUACGCCGCCAAGUUUCUCAUGCUUGCCGUGCGCGAUCGCAUCAGGCACGGACGACACUUUACGUUCAAAGCGCAACAUAUGGCUGUCACAUUCGUUGCCGAAUCGGUGACCGGGUCGAUUGUUAAUCGCCAAACGCCGUACGCCGUGCUGGGCAGUUGGGUCCAGAUACUCAUCCCGAAUCGGUUGGUACCGCGCAUGGUGGACAGUUUCGGUGAGUUAAGCACGCGAAGUGCAGACAGUCUUAAGAUUCCGCUCACAUACGAAUGGCCGGAACAGAACCUUAAGUUCAUUAUCGACAAUCCGCCACCGGAACUGCUCAACCAGCAAGGACCGAUACUGGCAUGAAGGCUGCACCGCCGCGGUUGGAAGCAUUUUCUUGUGAAUGGGUAUUAUUACUUACAAGUGCCUUGAUAUUUUUGCACACCCGGGACCACUGGGUGUGGUAGGUUUAGUCUUAGAAUCAGAUUUAAUUUUAACACGCAGCUGCUUUCACAUUUUUAACAAAAUAAAUCUCAUAAUAUUUUUAUCAGUGUAAUCAUGAUCACUUGGUUUUGGGAUAGAUCAUCAAAAAGAGUUUCACUUAAUUCUAUCUGCUGAAUAAGGAAAAUUAUUGUUACUUCUAACGAUACUACCUGUGUGGUCAUGUUUUGCUGAAAACACGUAUGUCUAUAAUAUUAAAAAUGACAGUAGGUGGAUUUGAACUAGAGUUGUAAUGUAAAUUCAAUUUAAACGUUUUAUUUCUACUCUCCAAACAGACUUUCAAGAUUUGUUUCAGUUCAGCGAUACAAUGGCUACUAAUUAAAUUAAUAUAAUUAACAAAAAUCGGUUACU